AUGCGCAGGUACCUCGCCGGUCGCCGCCCAUGGCGGUCGCUCCUGUCGCUGCCAGGCCGCGUGGCUAGCCCUCGGCGCACCUCGUCGCUCAGCCCGGACCAGCGCGGCAACCUCGACAUCUUGCGCACGCUGGCCGAGAGCCUCCAGACGAUGCCAAAGUCGCUCAACAAGUGGACAUCGGCCGACUGGUUCAUGCGGCUGACAAUGCUCUCAACGCACAACUCGACGCGCCACCAUGUGCGGCGCAGCCAGCUUCAUCGGGCGGAUGCCGUCCGCCUCUCGCUGGCCGAGGCAGCGAUCAACGCGCCGUAUCUGAACGAGCUGCCGUACUACAUCCGCAUCUGCGACGCCUCGUAUGCGUUCACGACCAAGGGCUUUCUGCGCGAGAGCAAGCUGUCGAUAGCACCUGACGACAUUCUCCAGCAGGAGCCCGGCGGUGUCUUUGCGCCCAAGUACUACUUGUACGUCGACCACGGCCGACACGAAGUGGUCCUCGUCAUCCGUGGCAGCGCCAGCAUCCAGGACUUUUGCACCGAUAUGUGCAUGGACCACGAGCCAUUCCAGACCGGCUACGGACACCGCGGUAUCGUGCACGCUGCCCAUUGGCUCGACUGGAAGCUACGCGACGACAUGAUCAACAUUGCAGCCGAAUACCCGUCUUACAACGUACACGUCAUGGGCCAUAGCCUCGGCGCAGGCGCCGCGGCGCUUGUCUCGACGUUAUGGGCGUCGGUCCUGCCGCGGCUGCGCUGCCUUGCGUUCGCGCCACCCGCGUGCUUGACGAUGGAGCUGGCCCAAGCGUGCGAAGGCCGCGUGGUCAGCGUUGUCUGCGGCGACGACUGCGUGCCACGGCUCAACAGCCACAACCUCGUGCGUCUCCAAGAAGAGGUGGUUGCGUUUGACAUUUCGGCGGCGCUCAAGAGCAUGAUGGCCGACGAGAUCGAAGCUCAAAAGUCGGUCGCGUCCGAGAGCUUCAAGCAGCUCCGCGAGGCCAUGGCGAUCGUCGAUGACAUGAAGGCGACAGCCUCCAGCAUGGUACAAGCAACGAGCACGACCGACAAGUCGGCUAUCAUCGACAAGCUCUCGACGCAGUGGGUCAAGCUCGCCAAGCCCGCGCUGCCGACGGUCGAAGCCGACGUUGGACACUUCCUCAAAGAGCACCGCGACAAGCUAACGCAGCUGUGGACGACGGUCGAAGCGCAGGUGCAGCGCACGGAGCAGCUCCUCCGCCUCGACAAGCCGCAACUCCAAGCCCUCGCGCAGCUCAAAGCGAAACUCAACAGCCACGACAUGGUGCUCUUGCGUCAAAAACUCGACUUUUUAGCUGUCAAGCCCGACAACGCAACGACUAAGGAGAUUAUGACCAAGUGGAGCCGACUCGACGUCAAGGUCAUGGCCAUGGAAGGCCUCCUCAAGUUUCUGCACGACCCGGAGAGGAAGCGGCAGCUGAUUGCGCAGCUGGAACUCCUUCUUCAAGAACUGGCGCGCGUCCGGGCGAGCGAUAACACGGGCCUGAACGGGAUGCUCGAGCCCUUGUCCAACCAAGUCUACGAGCUCUUGGUCAAGAUUAAGGCCACGCUGCAACAAGAUAACUUGGCCGUCCCCCUCACGGCGAGCUUUACUUGGGACGCGCGGCCCAAGCCACUGGCACCGGAGGCCUCAACGGAGAAACUGCUGCCCUUCCUCGAGCGAACAGUGUUUGAUAUCGUCGAUGGCUUCUGCGACGAGCUUCGCAAGGAAACAACUUCCAUUCUAGAGCUGAGCAAAGCAGCCGACGGCAGUCUCGAAGCGCUUCUUGAGAAGGACCCGGCGCUCCAGACGGCGCCGCUCUACCCUCCUGGCAAAGUCUAUGUCCUCGAAAAGGAUGCGAGUGGGGUCACGCCGACCGUGCUGUCGGUGACGGCGGUUGACACGUACUUUAAUCGGAUCAACGUCUCGAACGACAUGCUCCUCGACCACCUCUGUUCGACGUACGAAGCAUCGAUCCUCGCUCUGCUUCCGCCAACGACGCGCCAGGACAUCGCGUCGGCGCAAGGCGCGCCCGAGGCGCCACAGCCCACCACCUGGGACGACGUGGACGAGCUCCAGACGCAGCCGAUCGACAUUCCUCAUUUCCUCUGGCGUGCCGAAGCCGAGGCAGGGUACUGGAAGCACCUCCAGGCGGCGCAGAUCCAGCCGAUUCGGUUCUUGGGCCAGCGCCUCACAGUCAAGCAGACUCGCGGCAGCGCUGACGCGACCAAGUCGCCGCCGCUGCCCCCGCUCGGACCGGACAUGUCGCCCGGCGCUGCGUUUCUCGCGAUGCCGCAACUCAUGGACGAGAACUGGAUCUACCCGCUGUGCGCGCUCAUCACCAACAACGACGCGCGGACCGCCGAGAUGGCCAUGUCGGCGCUCAGCAGCAUCAUCGAUUCGGCCAAGCGACAGAACAUGGCGCUCGACGCGCGCGCGAUUCCGAGCCUCUUGUCGCACUUGCCACCUGCCAAGGCCAAUUGGAGCGCGGCGCAGUUUGCAAUGCACGCGCCGCUGCAACGCACCGCGUUUGACGUGCUUACAGCGCUUUGCCACGACAAUCGGCCCGUGGCGCUUGACCUGAUCGAGCUCCAUGUCGUCGAGCAAAUCGUGGAUGCGUGCAGUGCACCGACGCCGACGCCGGUACUUGAAGAGCGCAAGGCCAGUGCGCUGCAGACGCUCUUGGAGUUGCUCAAGCAAGAUGAGCUCAAGCAUGAGCUUGCGAAUACGCCCGUUGUCGGCAUGCUCGUGGUGCUGGUCUCCAACUCGCACGCGUCUAUUGCGUUCCAUGCGCUUGCGAGUCUCUCGGAGCUCUUCCUUUGCGCGCCGGCGCGGGAGGCCGCGAUCGCCGCCGGUGUGAUCCCGUUGCUACUGACGUGCCUUGUCUCGGCGACGCUGCCGCACUCGAACAAGACUCUUAUUCUGCAAGCCACGUAUGCGCUCUCGAUUUUAGCCACGCACGUUGCUGACGCCUUUCCGCUGGACGACUCGGUCACGGCGAUCUGCCACGUCAUGGAAAUCUUACGUGGCGCGCUCAAGCGGUCCCGGCUCGCAAGCCUCGUGUGCAUGUUUAUCACUGGUCUCAGUUGGCGCGUCCCCGCGUGCCAGCGUUUCCAAGUCGCCUUGCGCGACCGGCUGAGCCCCAACUUGUUUGCAAUUCUCGCCAGCUUGCUCAUCGGCGGCUCCAACGACGUGCUUUGCGCCGCGUCCAUUGCGGUUGCCGCGCUCAGUCGCGAGUCCCCCGAGAGCGUCCACGCCUUUGUCAAGCUCGACGUGCACGUGACAUUAACCAAACUCCUCUCGGCCAAAGAUACGCGCGUCGCGACGUCCUCGGCCAUGGCGCUCCACCGGUUCUUGCAGCCGUACCAGCUCGAGCUCGUGCUUGGCGGCCGAGUGCGACCUACAGCGUGGCAAACCGAGAUGACGCAGCUCGUGCAUUCGAUGGGCGCACUGGAUGUGCUACUUGCGACGAUCCUCGCACCACCCACGUCGCCUCGCCUCUCGGAAAUGCCGCCCGCCUCGGCGUUCGAGAUCCAGUCGGUGUUGGCGCUCUCUGGCUAUGCGCAAAACAAAACGGCAUGGGGCGCGCCAGCGACAGUGCAGCGCAUGCUGCUGUACAUGCACGCUGCCGACAACGAUCUACUUCUCGAGCUGCUCUUGCACGUGCAAAUAUGCACGGCGCCCGACCUCGCCGCCUCGCCGCGACCGUUCUGCGACCUGUUUGUGAGUCAUGGCGGCACGGAGAUUGUACUGCCGCUGCUCACGCCAACGACUGCGUCCAAGUACCUCGUGGCCGUCCUCGCGAUUUGGCUCCACUUGGCACUGGCCUACUAUCGCGACGCAUCCGGCUUGGCACCUGAGCGCAUUGCGGCGAUGCUGCGAGCGUGUUUGGAGCUCUGCGCGCACGUGCACGACGUCUUCGUGUUGGCGGCAACGAUCCGCGUGCUCGAGGUGCUCUCCGAGCCAAAGUGCGUCCUCGCUGAGACGACGCUGGCGACGCUCUUGGCCGGUGACGCGCACCGGGUCACCAAUCUACUUUUUGUGCACAAGGAAGAGAUUCAGUACAAGGCCGGCCUCGUCGUCGGGCGGCUCGUUCGCAGCGGCAACGGCGACUACCUCCCGCUCCAAAGCGCGUGCGCGCAGCUGCUUUUGCUGCUCGAGUCGCCAUCCCACGACGUGGCGUUCGCUGCCUCGCAUGCGUGGGGCAAUCUACUCGUGCUGCCGAGCCCGCUACUCUACUUUGGCAGCCAAGCGCCGUUGGCGGUGGCCCGUGUCUUGCGCCUCUUUUCCGUGCAGACGCAGCCCAAGCACCUUCGCGAUGCGAGUCGGACGCUCUACCGUGCCUCCGCGUCGCAUGAGAUCCAAGGCGAGCUCCUCCGGUCGGGCAUGGCGAUCCUCGAAGGCCUCGUCCGGCAUCCUCUCGACGUGGUCGGGCACCACGCGAUGCGGACGCUCACAGAGAUGGGCAAGACCCCCAUCUACCGCCCGUCCGUGCUCUCGCCGUCGGUGCUUUUGCUCAUCCAAGAUCUCUUUCUCUCGUUGCCCGAGAUUCCCGUGCUGCCGCCGCCGCGGCUGCUUCAAAACAAACUCGACGCACUGCACUUUGUCGCGCACGUGUGCGUUGACGCCGCGUCGCAGCAUAUCGUACUGCGUGCGGGCCUCGUCGACCAUACCAUGGCACUUGUCCUGACACCGUCGCCCACAGAGGUAUCGGCUCUGAAGCUUGCUGCGCUCACGGCGCUUGCUACGCUCUGCAGCGCCGACGACGCGACGCGCGAUCACAUCCUCAUUGAGCCCAUUGUCGCAGCGGUGUUGGUGCUCCUGGACCCGCCCGAGAUGGCGCACCUCGAGCUUCUCACGACGUGUCUUACGAUCGUGCUGCAUCUUUUGGACGCACCGCGGGCGCAGCUGCUCGUUGGCAAGAGUCCGCUUGUGGGCAAUAUUGUGCAGACGCUCCAAGUCCCCGACAACAUGGUGCGGUCGCUGGCCUGCCAAGUCAUUGCCAAGCUCGCGUGCCGCUGCGACGGUGUGAAAGCCGACAUGGCCCGCAUGGACGCCCUCAACAUUUUGCUCAAUCUCGUGUGCAUGGAGUCGCUUGCCUCGCGCGUGCAGCGGGAUGCACUGCACGCGCUCGGGACGUUUGUGGGCACGGCGUCACCGGCGUCCAAGACAAACAAACAGGAGCUCUUUGACCUCCCGCAGUCCAUCCAGCUCACCAAAAUGCUGUCGCGGCCCGACGUCGCCCAUGCUGCCGCGCUCGAAACAUCGGCGCUGGUUCUCGCGGUCUUGGCCAACGCCACGUACGAGUCGCCGCGCAACCAGCGGCUAUUGCAAACCCUCGAGAUGCCGGUGGUGGCGCUCACGGACGUCUUCUUCGACGCGCCGUCGUCAUUGACAGAGCCCAUCGCUGUGCAAGGCCUCCGUGUGCUGGCGAAUUUGACGUCGCAUGCCGAGAAUCGGCGGAGCCUGGCGCGGGACCCGCCCUUCCUUCGCGCGUGUCUUCGCGCGCUGCAGUCGGACGUAGCACAAUUGCAUCGGUUCAGCGCGUUGUCGAUGGCCCACCUCGCGACGGGCAGCGACGAGCACCGCAUCCUCAUGGGCUCCUUUCAUGGUCUUUUACCCGCGCUUGCCGAACGACUCAACGCCAAGGAUCCGGUCGUCCUCGAAAAUGUCUGCUUUGCCAUCACGAAACUCGGCGCGCACGGCGGCAACCAGAUCAUCUUUGGCGCCAACUUGGUUUUUGAGCGGCUCUUGCCGCUUGCGGUGCACAAUGACGUGGCAGUCCAGAAAAUGGCCGUGAACGCGAUUGCGGUGUUGAUCGACGGCAACGAAAAGAACAAAUCGUCGCUCGUUGAAUGCAAUGCGAUCCCGAUCCUCUGCGGUCUCGUGAACCAGCUCGAGAGCAUCCACUCGCGCGUGCUCGAGUGUGCGAUGCAAACGCUGUCGGGGCUCGUGGCCACGCAGGUGAUUGAAGUGAGCAAGUACCUCGACCCGCGCGUGGUGAUUCGGCUCUUGAGCAGUGUCAACGCCAAGCUCCAGCGCACGGCACUGACUCUGCUGGCGUUCUUGACCAAAGAGUCGUUUAACAAGGUUCGGUACGGCGAGAAGGACUGCAUGGAGGCUGUCGUGCAGUGCCUCAACAGCCACCUCAGUACGGGCCACAGCGACCGCGUCGAAAAUGAUGCUACCUCGCUCUUGGACUCGGAAGCCGACUUGAAGCUGGUCGAGCUCGCAGCGACGUCGCUUGCCAAUCUCUCGUUCGAGCCACUCAACACGACGGCCAUCAUUGAAGCCAACGGCACGGUCAGCUGCGUCCAGCGCCUCGGCGAGCUCAUUGACGCAGCGCUCGUCUUGUCGUUCGAGUCGUCGCCGCAAAAGCCCAACAAGCGCCAAAGCCCCAAGAAACCAGCCACGCAGCAUGGCAACAACAACCAUGACGACGACGAGAACCAAGCUCUUGUAGCAGACGUCGAAACGCCGAUUAAGGUUGCGAUCCCGCUCCUCAUCACGCGUCCGAUGCAGUGCGCCCACAUCCUUGAGCAGUGCGCGCUCAUCCUCAACAACUGCGCCCACGCCAUCUUGGCAGGGCGGUAUGUCACCGAAGACCUCAUUGGCACCGUGACCAUGAUGCUCGGCCACGCGAGCGACCUCGUCAAGAAGUGCGCGUGCUUUACGCUGACGAUUUGGUGCUCCAAAGUCGAGCUGCACCAAGGCUACGUCAUGAACCAGCCGGGCGUGCUCACGACGCUGAUUGGUCUGCUCAACUCGUCCAACGCGGGUAUUCUCGAGGCCGCGCUCUGGGUGCUCACCAAGCUCUCGGGCUACCGCGACAACCACAUUCAAAUGGCCAACUGCGACAUUGUGCGUAUUUUAGAAGCGCUGAUCUUUCGCUUCCAUACGUCGGUUGGCUCGGGUGUCCUCGACCGCGCGAUCCGUCUCCUGGGUAACCUCGCACUCCACGACCCGAUUCGAGGCCUCGUCAAGUGCGAAGGGCUCGUUGCUGGUCCGCUGCAUAGCAUUUUGGAGCACCAGCUGCAGCCCAACCCGAAUCCAGUGACGGACACUGUGCCGAUUCUGCACUGCAAGAACAUUGCACGGCUUAUGGGCAUUCUUCUCAGCGAAGACGCGCUCAAGCUUUUUUUCCCAAAGAAAACGCUCAGCCUCCUCAAGCGCAUUUACAUUGCGGACUCGACGUUGGUCAAGGUCCAGCGCAACAUCAUCCUCGUUUUCUUCCUGCUCUCGGCGAUUGAAGAGCAUCGGUUUGGAAUCGCGUCCGGUGAGAAGGACUCGGUCGUGCCCAAGCUCGUGCAAGCGCUCGCCCUUGACGAGCACGAGCUCAUCGUACGGGCCAAUAUUCUGGCGAUGUUUUCGCUCUGGAGCCAGCACGAAGGCCUUUGCCACCUUCUCUACCUCUGCGAGAUCGCCGAGACGCUGCUGAAAUACAUGGUCGUCACGGAGUUUGAAGCCGACCACUUCGCUGCCAUUAUCGUCCACCACCUCUCGAGCUUGAAGGAGCAAGUUAGGAAGCGACUGGCCAUGGAAGGCACGACCGAGCUCGCGCUCUCGCUGCUCAAGCAGUGUCUCGAGGCGCCCGUUCCGAACGACCCGUUCGCGUACAGCUGUGCGGGCAUCCUCGCCAACCUCACAGUCCACGAUGAUGCCAAGGCGAUCGUGGUCCAUGUCGGCGGCCUUCCGACGCUGCUCACGUAUCUCGGGCUCAAGAUGGACGAUGUUGUGCACGGUGGCCCCAAUUCGAUCCUCGACAUCCUCGCCAAAGUUCUCGCCAACCUCUCGUUCGACGACGCGUGCAAGAUCGAGAUGCUGCGACUGCCCACGAUUUCGCUGGUGCUCCAGGUGCUGCAGCGGCGCCUGGCCAACUUUGUGGGCACUGAAAACUAUGUCCUUUGCCUUGGCAACCUCUCGACGGUCAAUGACUCGAUAGGGCAGCUCGAGGUCGCAGGUGCGAUACCAACCCUGUUUUCUCUCUUGGAAGCGCACCAAGCGAGCUCCCCCUGGGUGGCCAAGUGCGUCAUCUGGACCAUCUCCAACAUGACCAUGCAUUCGACCAAAAGCAAGUACCAAGUGCUCGAGUAUCCCACCGGUCUGCUGCUUGUGCUCUCGCUGCUCAAUACCGAGACGAGCAAGCAGACCGACACGAUCAUCGAGUGCACCAUGACGUGCCUUAGCUGUCUCGCGACCGAGCAGCCGAUUGCAGCCGGGCUCGCCACCUGCACCACGAUCCCAUUGAUCUUGCGCUACCUCGAGCCCGACGUGCGCCAGAGUCUCCAGCGCAAGGCGGUCAAGACCAUCAACUCGCUCGCGGCGUUUGGUUUUGCCGACUACAUUCAGGACCUCUCGCACACGCACACGCGGCUUCUCUCGAUCGCGUCGGAAGGCCACCAGAGCAUUGCCCCAACAGCGAUGGCGGCCCUGCGUCGCAUCUCGCAUUUACGCAACGAGUCCCCCCAAGUGCUCUGCGAGCACGUCAACGGCAUCGACGCCUUGCUACAGCUACUACAGAGCGAGUCGACAAGCACGGUCCUGGAUGCGCUCCACUUGCUGCACCACAUUGCCGUCGAGACCGCAGCGUUUCUGCGCAAUGCGCAGUACUUUGCGAGUCGACGCUCGUGCACGUUGGCGACGACGCUUCUCAGCGACGGCUGUAGCACUGAGAUGGGCGACGCUGUCAUUCGCUUUGCCGCCUUUUUGAUUCAAAACUCGCAGUUCGAUAUGGCCAUGGCGACGGAGAAUAAUGAAGACUGGCCGCUCGUUCUGAAGCGCUUGAGUCGAUGGUGGGAGGGUCUCGAGUCGUUUGAGACGCACGAGCUCACGCCGAGUGUCCUCGCGGCCGUCGACAGCUUCAUGCGGGACAAGAUGUUCAUUGCCCGGCACUAUGGCCCGACGAUUCUGUCGGCGUCGAGUCUCCGGACGAUCUCCACGAGCCUACUCAAACUACUCAAGGGGCCCAUCUAUCCCGUGCUACAUGGCACGCGGGCGUUGGUGCACUUGGCGUGCGCAUCGUCACACUACCAAACGAUUCUUUACGAGGUCGACUUUGCGAAGCAGCUCGCGAAUGUGCUCCUUGCCGUUCCCGAGACCACGUGCUCCGAUGUGCUAUGGCUCGUCUUGCUGCAAGGUAUGUUGCUCUACACACACGACGUCCGCGCCCGGGAGAUGUACAUGGAGGUGCCGACCGCAGCAGCUCUCUUGCGGCUUGUCUUUCAUUCAAAUCCCGUCGUGGCUGCGAGAGCGCUGGAGAUUGUACAUUUGCUGGUCGCGCAGCCGCUCGGUCAGAGUGCGUUUCGGGCAGCCGAGGCCAUCGCGCACCUCACCUCCAAGCUUCGCCAUGAAGACGAUACAACAAAUCAAGUCCGGCUCGUGCAGAGUCUGGUGCUGCUCUGGGACGAGGCGGACGCGACCGUGACUGCAUUUGGUGCCGCCGAAACGGUGCCGCUGCUCAUGGGGCCGUGUCUCCGGCGGCACUCGACCGACACGUUGAUCUUGCUGCACUGCCUCUCACUCUCGGCGCACUUCCAUGCCUCGUUGUUUAGCUUUGCAGACACCUUUCUUGAUCGGCUGCGCAGUCGCACGCAGUGGACGUCGUCCGACACGAUCCUCGUGCUCCGCAUCCUCGUCAACCUCUGCUGGGCCGCCGAUUCGUACAUGCUGCAGUGGGUCGAACGCGGGCUCUUGAGUACGCUGCUGCCCGUCGCGCAGUGGGUUUGGGCGCCGUUCAACUCGGAGGCCCGCGCCAGCACUGUGUCCGAGGCGACGUGGCAAAAGGAAGUCGAGCUCGUCUUGAAGCUUCUCGCGCGCAUCACGUACGACCCGACACUGCGCCUCGCGUUUGUCGACGGCGCCGAAAUUCCAGAUAUUUUGGCGUUGCUCAAGCCGCGCCACGACUGGGACGACCUCGGUCUGCUCGAGAAUGGCGCCGAGACCAUCGCCAACCUUGCGAUGGUCAAGGACAUUCAGAUCAUUUUGAUUGUCGAAGACGGCGUGACAUUCAUGGCGCAGCUGUUGCUGCUGCUGCCGGCCACGCACACGCGGCUCACACGCCGCCUCGUGCGUGCGAUUCAUAACCUCUCGUACGACUUGGAGGUCCAAGCGAUUCUGGCGGCGCAGCAGACGUUUCCAUACUUUAUCCAGCACGUUGCGUCGCUCGGUGCGCUCCCAUCGCUGCCACCGCCAGUGCGAUGA